AUGAGGUCGCUUAAAGGUGCGCAAGGCGCAGCUUGUGUCCUUAUGGGAUCGGAUGGGGAAACUCGUCGGUCAAACGUCCUAAGAUGUGAUGAAGAUGCAAUUUGGGUGGAUAUGCGUUACACAAGGUAUUCAGCUCUUUUAAAAGGACUCGAGGAGGAUCUCUCCGCAGUUUUGCUCGUGAUCGAAGUGAUCUCUACCUUAUUCCAGCCUGGCAUCCCGCAAAUCAAUUGGAAACUUUUGAACUUCUGGAGGCUUGUUGGUACGGAGAUGCGAGAGCGGGAGACUGGUAGGGAUCGACUGGCUCUUUCUACUCGUCAAAUAGUUCGUGCAUUUCUUCAUCGUAAAGUCUUGCAUGUAAGAAUUGGUGAACCAUUCAAUGCAGACCUCGAACCUAAUUUCCCCCGCGAUAUCCCACCCCCCUUCCCCCAGAGUUCUGGCUUGAGGGUCUUCUACAUUGCCGUUGGAGUUAGCCUGUUCAGCGGUCAACUGGAGAAUUGGACUCAUUUGUCCCACGCACGAAUCGAGCUUCGAGUUCCGAUCUAUCUUGCCAUGUCUUCGAUACUAUCGUCGUCAUCAACCAUUGCCUCUGCAACCUCAACUUACACAAACUCUAUUCCCACGGGUACCAUAUCCGCACUCAUCGGCCAGCCCCCAAAUACCACCAAUGACUACUACAUAGUCGCCUACCUCCUUACCGCCUUCGGGCAAAAAACCUCCCCUCUCAAAGGAAUUGUCAUUCCCCCCCUCGCACCCACAAAUUACGUUUACGAAAGCCGCGCCAAUUCAAUCCUUGUCGGAAUGUCCGUAUGCAUCUUCUUCAUGUUCACCUUUACGCUCAUCCGUCUACUCAUCCGCCUCCUGAAUCGCGGUCUCAAACUCGGUCUCGACGAUCUCUUUAUCGUCCCCGGCGUCAUCCUCGCUAUCACUUGGCCUGUUCUGCAAAUCCUCGCCGUGGUUUAUGGAGGCGCCGGAAAACACAUCUGGGAUGUUACGUAUGAGGAAUAUGGAUAUUUCAAACGCUACACGAAUCUAUCCAAGAUAUUCUUUUUUGUGGCGGUGGGAGUCGUGAAAGUUUCGAUUUGUCUUUUUAAUCGCAGACUUACUUCGAUGACGUCGCGCAAUUGGCUGAUGUUCAAUAAUGUCUUUCUCUUUUUACUGGUCGUCUAUAUCAUGGUCUCGCUCUUCUGGAACAUCUUCUCGUGUUCGCCGGCGUGGGGAGGUUGGGACGCAGUGAGGUUGGGGAGAGAAAAUGUCGUGGCGGUUUGUUUUCCAGUGGGCACUUCGGGGUCCAUCUUAAGUACCAUUCAUGUGGUGAUGGAUUUUGGUCUCUUGGCUGUACCGUUCGUCGUCUUGUGGAAAGUGAAGAUGGGGUGGGGGACUAGAGGAAGAUUGUAUGUUGUUUUUGCGGUCGGGGGUGUGAGUAUGAUUGGGAGUAUCUUGAGACAGAUUGCACAGACGAAAUUGAGUUCGGAUGUUUUAUGGUCGUUCAAAUCGCUCGAAGACUGGACACUAGUCGACCUGACCCUGGGUGUUAUCGCCGCCUCACUUCCCGUUCUUUCAGCUAUUAUCCCUGCUAAAUGGAAAAGCAUCCACACCUCCUCGUACAAAAAUCCCUCUCACCUCGGUUCGUAUCCUCUGUCAAAACCGGGACAUUUUAGGCGUUCGAAAAUGCCAAGGAUGAGUGGGAAGGAGAGGGGUAAGGGUACGAAGAUCAAGGGUACGAUUGGGACGUUUGGCGAAAGCGAGGAGAAUAUUGUGAGGACGGAUGUUAUUGAGUUGAGUUUUCAGAGUAAGAUUGAUUUGGAGAGGGGAGAGGGAGAGAGGGAAGAAGAAGGAGAAAGAGAAGGAGAGAGGAGUGCAAAUGGAAAUGGAGGUAGAAGCGAAAGUAGGAGUGGGAGCGCAAGUGCAAGUACAAUGGAUACAGAGGGGAGUUCAGACGGGAAAGAAAGUAACGGAAAAGGCAAGAUAACGAGGAGUUUCUCGCGAAAUAAAAACAGGAGUCGAGGGGAUUCAGCAGAAAGAGGUGUAAGAUUAGAUAAGGGAACGGAAGAAUGGCAUGGAGGAAAGGGUCAAUAUGGUCAUAGAGUAGAGAUUGGGAGGCAUGAGUGA